GCGCGGCGUCGCUCUCCUCCGGGCCUCUCUCUCGUCCCAAUCACCAUCCUCCCGCUGGACUUUUUUUUCUCUUCUUUAGUCUCGGCCUUCUUCUGAGCUUCUUUUGUUCUAUCGUUCGCUUGCUGCUUGGUGCUUGUUGAGAUAACGCGGGAGUGCGAGACCCUGGUUCGGACCUGAGUGCUGCUUAAAUAGAUAUCCUAUCGCCCCCGACUGCCUCCCCACUUUCUCUUCUCCUAGUCCCUUCCCUCUCUCUACUCUCCCUCCUCUCUCCUUCUCACUCCUCUCCUCCUUACCUCCCCUCUCCUCUCCUCCUCACAAUGGUCAGCUACCACGAGGUCCCCGCCACCAAGCGCGGUCUGCAGGUCGCCUGCGCUUUCAUCUGGUGUCUCCUCGCCGCCGGUCCCAUCUUCGGCUUCGCCGCGCUCAAAACCGUCUGGCUGAACGAAGGCGUGUACGCAGACCAAUGCACGCCCGAGCAGAACGCCGCCGGCUUCAUCUGCUCCACGCGCGAGAUCAAGCUCAACUUCAUCUUCACCUGCGCCUCCGUCGUCACAAACAUCGCCGGCGUCGUCGUCGGCAUCAUCCUCGACCGCUUCGGCCCCCGCGUCUGCGGCUACGCCGGCGGCUCGCUCAUCUUCAUCGGCGCGCUCAUGCUCGCGUUCGCAGACACAAUCGCCUUGCUCGAUCUGUACGUCUGGGGAUACAUCACGCUCGCGUUUGGCGGUCCCUUUGUCUUCAUCUCCUCCUUCCAGCUCUCGAACGCCUUCCCCGCGUACUCUGGUCUCGUGCUCGCGCUACUCACCGGCGCGUUCGAUUCCUCGACCGCAGUGUACCUCGUCUACCGGCUGAUUUACGACGAGACCGGGGGUAAAUUCCACCCCAAGGCGUUCUUCCUCAUGUACCUCAUCAUCCCGAUCUUCAUCGUCAUCGCCAGCGGCAUGCUCAUGCCGGAAGAGAGCUACAAGCCGAUGUCGGACAUCGGCAAGUUCCUCGAGGAAGAAGAGGAAGAGGAAGCAGAGUACCAGCUCGACGCCAGCAGCAUCGACGGCGUCGCCAUCGACGCGCGCACGAGCGGCGGCAUCGCGCGCGCAGACCACAAGGCCGCGCUGGUUAGCAGCACGGCCGCCGAGCUCGCGGCCGAGCAGAUCGAGCGCAUUCACAACGACUCGUCGCCGAACCACACAAAUCUCAGCAGCGACAGCAACAGCGCGACCGAGAGCGAGGACCCGAUCGGCGAGGACUCGCGGUUGCUGGACGAGAGCGCGGCGCUGCUGUCAAAGACUGAUCGUCGCAACAUCAGUCCUGGGCAGUACGAGUACGACAGCGAGGAGAUGCAGAAGCUCAAGAUCUCGGGCGUGUGGGGCGCGUUGCACGGCCGCAGCGCGCUGGCGCAGAUUAAGACGCCGUGGUUUAUUCUUCUCUGUUUAUUCACGAUGAUCCAGAUGCUCCGUCUGAACUACUUUGUCGCCACGAUCCGGUCGCAGUACGACUUUUUGUUUUCGUCGCCCGAGAUCGCGCGCCGGAUCACGGAGGUGUUUGACGUCGCGCUGCCCGUCGGCGGCGUGCUCACCGUGCCUAUCGCGGGAUACAUCCUCGACCACCGCUCGAUGGCGACGUCGAUCGCGAUCCUGCUCGUCAUGGGCACGACGAUGGGUAUCCUCGGUCUGUUUGCGUCCUACACGGCCGCGUACUCGGGCAUCGGCAUCUUUGUCAUCUACCGCUCGUUCUUCUACACCACCGUUUCCGACUACGUCGCCAAGGUCUUUGGCUUCGACACCUUCGGCCAGAUCUACGGCCUAAUCUCGACCGUCUCGGGACUCUUCAACUUUGGCCAAUCCGGCUUCGACACACUCACCCACCACGUCCUGCACCGCGACCCGCGCCCGGUCAACAUCGGCCUCGUGAUCGUCUCGACCGCGAUCGGCGCCUGGUUCGUGUGGUAUGUCGAGAAGCAGGCGCGGCGGAUCAAGCGGUCUGCGCUCGAGUUUGAGGCCGAGCAGGCGACCGCGCUGAGGAUGCCGGGGUAUGCGGCGUCGUUCAUGUCGUCGAUUGAGUAUUGAUCUAGAGUCGGAGUAUAAUCUAGAGUCUGAGUGUUAUCUAGAAUCUGAGUGUUAUCUAGAAUCUGAGUGUAAUCUAGAGUCUGAGUAUCGAUUUAGAGUCUUUUUGGAGUUACUGCCGCUCUUCUUUAGUUUUAUACGUCAGUGAUUCUUUUUCUGUCUCUUGUGGUUUUGCUUUCUUUUGUUUGGUUUUGAUUUGUUCUGUUCAGCUUGUUGGCCUGGUUGCUAUUUUGUUUUAUAAAUGUUCCGGAUGCAAUUGCAUGUUUGGGUCUGCUUAUUGAGUUUUGAGCUUAUACAUUUACAUACUUUUUACUAUACAUCUACCUACAUACUAUACACUCUACGCUAU